AGGAACACGCUCCGUUCUCGUUACGUCAUCAAGAUGGCAGGCGGCAGCACGCGAAAAAAGUCUCCCGGUGCAACAAGCCCUUUCUUGGGCAAACUGCAUUGUCUGUGGCAGGAUAAACACCUGGUCUUGUUUAAAACCGAAUACACCUUGCUUGUAGUUUCAAUCCUAUGGUUUCUAGAAAUCGGGAUCAACGUAUGGGUUAUACGAAAAGUGCCAUACACCGAAAUCGACUGGAAAGCCUACAUGGAUGAAGUGGAAGGCGUUAUUAAUGGUACCUAUGAUUACACUCAGCUCAAAGGAGACACUGGCCCUUUGGUCUACCCAGCUGGCUUUGUUUAUGUAUUCUCUGCUUUGUACUACAUCACAAGUCAGGGUGUUAAUAUUCGCCUUGGUCAGUACAUUUUUGCAGCCUUCUACCUCAUCACACUACUGCUUGUCUUCAGACUGUAUCUCCGUACUAAGAAGGUUCCUCCCUAUGUGUUCUUCUUUGUUUGCUGUGCCUCCUACCGUAUUCACUCCAUCUUUGUUCUGCGGCUCUUUAAUGACCCAGUAGCCAUGAUGCUUCUGUUUGCAGCCAUCAACCUGUUCAUAGAUGAAUACUGGUGGUUAGGUUGUGGUAUUUACAGUUUAGCAGUGUCUGUGAAAAUGAACAUUCUCCUGUUUGCACCUGGCCUCCUUUUUCUUCUUUUGUCAGAAUUUGGUCUGAUAAAAACAGUCCCAAAGUUGUCGCUCUGUGCUGGCAUACAGAUUUUUCUUGGUCUUCCUUUUCUCCUUGAAAAUCCUGUUGGCUAUAUCAGCCGAGCUUUUGAUCUUGGACGGCAGUUUAUGUUCAAAUGGACAGUGAACUGGCGUUUUCUGCCUGAAUGGCUCUUUCUCAAUCGGCAGUUCCACCUACUUUUGUUAGCCGCACACGUGCUUACUCUCCUGCUCUUUGCCUUGCGCCGUUGGAAGAGGCCAGGAGAAAAUCUCUUCGAACUUAUUAAAGAACCAAGCAAGAGGAAAGUCCCGCCUCAGAAGAACACAGUUGAUCAGAUUGUUCUCAUUUUAUUUACGUCAAACUUCAUUGGUAUGUGCUUCAGCCGGUCAUUACAUUAUCAGUUUUAUGUGUGGUAUUUUCACACCUUACCAUAUCUUCUCUGGAGUGGAGGGGUCAAGAAGCUAGCACACUUGCUCAGGGUCCUCAUCUUGGGUCUAAUUGAGCUGUCAUGGAACACAUAUCCUUCCACUAAUAGCAGCUCUGCAGCUCUACAUGUCUGUCAUGUCAUCAUCCUCCUCUGCCUGUGGCUGGCUCCCCCUAUUUCUGUGGUCCCAACAAAUACACACAAGAAGGACAAACAUCAGUGAUCAAUAUAAGAUAAUACUGGACAUUGUUUUUUGUUUUAUUUUUUUCCUACUUCUCUCUAUGACAGUACAAUUAGACUCUGUUGAGUGUUGUGUUGGAACUAUGUGGUAGUCUUUUGUCAUCAUGUGAAGGACGUUAACUUUAGAUCAGUCAUUGCAAAUGCAGAAAGCAUGUUUUUUCUGGAGAAGAAAUCCAAAGUAGAAUUAAUUUGGAGAAAGUUACAGAGGUGAUUUGCAGAGUGAGUUGUAUAUUAUUGUUUCUGUUCAUUUUAAAUUAUUUAGUUGAGAACAAUAAACUAUCACAAUCAAAGCUUCUCUUUUAAGUGAUGGUACACAAAAUGAUACUGCUGAUCUACAGUUUAAAAUGGCAGUUCUUAGUCACACCAUUCUUCUCUGGUGUUUCACUAAACAACUGAAAAGCUGAAGGCAAUCAUAGUUAUAGCUAAUAUGUACAGAGUUGCUUGCUUUGGUUGUUGGACAACAAUGUUAAUGUACAGUGGACAAAAGCACAAUUGUAGCUAAGUUUUUAAUAAAAAAUGGCUAUUAGUUUGCUUUA